CAUUGUGUUACUAUUUAUUCACAACUCUAAAUUGCAAUCUUCCUUAUUAUUAAAAAAAAAGAAACAUUUCCAAUGGCUCGUUCCAUUUUCUUCAUGACAUUUCUGGUCUUGGCAAUGAUGCUCUUUGUUGCCUAUGAGGUGCAGGCUGAGAAGAAUGAGCACAUUUGCAAAUCAGUAAGCCAAACUUUCCCAGGAAUAUGUAUUACCAACUAUCCAUGUAGAAAAGCUUGUCUCACUGAGGGAUUUACAGAUGGUCAUUGUAGCAAAAUCCAAAGAAGGUGCCUAUGCACUAAGCCAUGUGUAUUUGAGAAAAUUUCAAAUGAAGUUGAAACAACUUUGGGUGAGGAAGCAAAAACUCUAAAGGAAGCUUUGCUUGAAGAAGAGAUUAUGAUGGAGUAAUUAAGUGAGACUAAGGAUUUGAGUGUCAAAAACAAAAUAAAUAAAGUGUUGCCUUUUCUUGAAAAGGUAGCUUAUAAUGUUGUCUUAUUGGCCUUUAGUAGCCAUUUGAGACAUUAAAUAAGUUGUGACACAUUGUUAAUCCUUUUGAAAUCUUGUAUCGAGUUUAUGUAUGUUUUAAUGAAAAAUGAUUGACUACGAUAUUUAACUUUA